GGCCUGGGCGUCGGCAGUUCACUCAGCGCUGCUGCGUAGGACACAAACACCAAACACCACUUCUCCCAGAGAGCUCGGAGGUGUCUCUUACAUAAUCGAAAACUUAUUAUAAAACACACAAAAAACAUGCAUUCAGUCACUCUAGACAGCAGCGGCUCGCCAAAGAAGUGGACGUUAUCUCGGGGAAUGAGCGAGGAUGAGUCUCUCCGCAGCAUUAUAAAAGAGACCGACAGCUCAUCCAGGCGCCUGACACGGAGCGACAGCCGAGCAGGCACCCUGAAGAAGAGGAGCAACAGCCAGCAGUCUGAGCAGGAACUCUUCAUGGGACUCCCAGAAAUGCUGGAGCUGCAGGCCAGCUAUGACGAGGUGGUGCAGGAGCUGCGUGGGCUGGAGGUCGAGCGAGAGGCUCUGUUGUUCCAGGUGGACGUUCUGCAGGACACGCUGGAGGGUGUAGAGGAGCUGCUGGCUGAGGCCCAGAGGGAAGCUGGACAGGCUAAUUUAGAGCUGGAACAAGAGAGGGAGAACAAGAGGAAACUGGAGAGCAUGGUCUCCUCUCUGAUGCAAGAGGUGGAGAGAUUAAAAGAGGAAAGGAAUAAUGAACCGCAUGUUCCAGCGAACACACAUGGACAUGUGGAUGAGGUCACAAGACAAGAAAUGAAAAACAACGCCAAGGCAUCGAUGAAAACCGCACACAGAGAAGAAAAAGACUCGUCGCUGUGUGAAGCUCACAGCAGCCAGAGCAGAGCAUCAGAGGAAGACGGACAGAGUGAAAAGUUAGAAGAUGAAGGAAGCUUCCUGACAAAGCUGCGGAAGAUGGUCGGUAAGUCCCCGAGCCAUUUGCCCUCUCUUGCACUGGACAACCCAGUCUCUGAAGACGGGGUCCUGCGGAGGCCUUACGAAAACAGCGUUGAGGUCUUCGAUGGACUCCACCCUUCUUCGGACGGGAAGGACUCAGACAGCAUAAGUGCCUACGAGGAUGCGUCUGCUGAGACUCCAGAGCAGGACAGGAUGUUCCCGGGUGAAGCAGACACUUUGGAGCUGCCUCAUGAUUCAGAGAAUAAAGAGAAGCUUAACAACUGCCAGGCCAAUGACAGCGAGACCCAAGACCCCAAAAACCCAGACGUCUGUGUCAUGUCUUAACUAAUCUGGUUGACCUACUACGGGGCAAAAGGUUGAAGGUUAUUAUUGGUCAGCUGGUGUAAUUCAAGAGCUCUUCGAUUUGCAGUUUACUCACAUCUGAUGUUUAUGUCUUUGGAAACAUUGAGGCCAACAAUCACAUUUAGAGUUGUAAUUAGAGCUCCAAUGAGUAGUCAAUUAAUCGAUUAAUCUGCAAUUAUUUUGACAAUCAGUUAAUCGUUUCUGUCAUUUUUCAAGUGACAAUGCCAAACAUUUGCUGGUUUCAGCUUCUCCAGUGUGAUAUCUGACGAUUUCUUUGGGAUUCAGACUGCAGGUGGAACUGAAUGAGUUGUUUGAAGACGUCACUUUGGGCUCUGGGAAAUUAUGAUAGUCAUUUUUAAAACAACCUUUUUAUAACUAAAAGAAUCUGCAGCUUAAUUGAAAAUAAAAAUAAUGGUUAGGUGCAGCCCAAGUUGUAAGACGAAGGAACUCGGGAUCCAGGCAGUUUACUAGCUGAAAUUCCACUAAGGACUACUGUUAUUUGCCAAUAAUUUCUUUUCUGUCUUAACUUUAAAAAAAAAAAAAAAUACAUGGAUAAACAUUGGAAAUACUCCAUGCUGCUUUGACCGUUUACUUCUUUGGUAACCUCUUUAUAUACUAACAGCUGGCGGGACACAAGUCAGGAUUUACCUGUUUGAAAACGCAGUGAGCUCUGUAAGAAUGUGGAACGGGACUGUUGCUGAUUUGGCUCCAGUCAUAACUGCAGGACAGGUUAAUAAGGUUUUAAGAGACAGGUUUUUUAAGUAAGGGAAAAUGCCAUCUUAUUUACUGCUUUGCUGAUCUCAACCAGAACAUUUAUUUUUUUAUCUUUCAUAUAUGGCCCUUUGUCCUGUUUUUAUUUUGAAUUAAGGGAAACUGAAUUAGCUGCAUUUGCACUUUUUAAAGUUCUUGUAUUGUGGUAUAAGAUUACAUUAGAAACAACAUUCCCUUUAUAAACAAACAUGUCAGCGAGGAGUAAUCAGCUGACCUGCUGCAGGCUGUAUUCUCUCUGCAUGGUAAUACUGUAUGUUUGCACUUUGGAAGUGGAAUUUGCUGAAAUUAGUCUCUUUCGGAUGUCUCUGCUGUACACGUUUGUAUUUAAUCGCUUUUUUAUUUAAAUUUUAUACAAUGUAACAUUUCUUUAUGCUUGCAAGAAUAGAAGACCCUUUCUCAUCAUUUGAGAUCAAUACUUUGCAUGAGUACCCAAGAAUGUAUAUUGAUUUUAAUGAUUUACAAAUUGCACAUGGAUCUGUGCCAGUUUAUUAGUACUUUUGCACGCAGUACUUUUCACACCUGUAUUAAAUAACAGUGUAAUUGUAAACAGAUUUACUGCGAAAUUGGUGUUUUGAAGGGAUUUUAAAUUUUGUUUACAAAUAAUGUAUCGCUGUCAUUCCCUGGUUUUUAAGGUGGGUCUUUAGUCAAAUUAACAGAUAAGCUCAGUUUUGAUAAACACUAACUUUUUUUUAAUAAAAAUUGCAGUUUGGAGAACUGAUUCUGUCAAAGAAAACAAAAGCAGAACAAUAUAAAUACAUUCAUGGAAAUUAGAAAUGGAACAUUUGCAGUCUGCAUUUAGCUGCAUGUCAUUUUGGUCGUAUAUUGAUGUUUGUAUUGACUCGUUUGUCUUUUGCAUUGCUUUUUAUCACACAGGCCUAUUUCAAAAUAAUGCUGGUUCAAACACUUUGAUUGUCUGUUGUGCUGUCUGCCAUGAUGCACAAAGCAUCGGCGACGCAGCUGUUAAGAUGACAUGUCAUUGACAAGUGCUGUUACUGUAGUGCUGCCGCUGUAGUACUGCUACUAUAGUAGUGUUACUGUAGUGCAUGUGCUGUUACUGUAGUACUGCUGCUGUACUGUUGCCGCUGUAGUACUGUUACUGUGGUGCUGCUGCUGUAGUACCGUUACUGUGGUGCUGCUACUGUAGUACUACUCCUGUAACGCUGUGUGGUGGCACUGUGGUCCGUUUUUGAACAGUCAGGCCAUUUGCAACCAACGCUGUUCAGAUAUUCUUACAGAAACAUUCACAAUCAUUGGUGGUUUAUGUUGUCAUCAACAAUUCAUUUUAUUCUACUAUUCAUUUCCUGUCAGUUUAAACCAUUUGGUUUGCUGUAAUGAACUCUGACUUAAAAUAUUUAACUUCCUCAUCUGUCAAUAUCACUGGUUCAGUUCAGCAUUUUGAGUUCACAGCAGUGAGUUUGUUUUUGUUUAAAUUUUAACACAACAAUACAAACAAAAUAUGAUCUUACUGUAUUUUGAUGCAUUUUCUAGUUCUAGAUAUUACUUGUCCUGAUCUUUGUAUAAAAUGUUCAGAUGUAACAGUGAAUGACCGUAACUCAAAAGUACAUUCCAGACAUAUGAAAAUAAAAGGAGUCAAUGAUGCUGA